AUGUCAAUGCCCUUAAGUCAAUUUUGUGCAGAAAAUGACAUCGCUUUGCCUCCAAAUACUACUCAUAUUAUGCAACUAGCCGAUGUUAGUGUGUUUAGACCAUUAAAACAAGAAUGGAAAAAAACUCUAAGAAAUUGGCAGGCAAAACCGGAAAACCUCAACAAAACCGUAACGAAGACUAAUUUUUGUAAAGUAUUUAAGGAAACUUUGGAUACAGAUAUGACACAAGAUAUUAAAAACGGAUUCAGAAAGUGUGGGCUAUUCCCCUUUAAUCCGAAAAAACUUAAGAUCAUUAAUAGAAACAAUAUAAAACCUAAUAUCCCAAAAAGAAAACAAACAAAAGCCAAAGAAAGUGAUAGUGAUAUUAUAAAUACCGAUAAAGAUAUAGAAAUCAAUAUUAAGAAGACUAAAGUAAUCGAAAAGACUGAUAAAUUUAAUAUUAUAAAGAAAUUGAUA